AUGCUGAACCUCAAAUUCCUUGGAUUCUGCGUGAUCAUCGUCGCUCUUGCUCUGGUCUUCGCUGAUAACGAUGGAGGCGCCGGCGACGCGAAGAAUGCGGUUGCAAGUGGAAAUGGAAGUGCUGCGAUUGAGAUCAAGGGUCAAGUGUUUUGUCCAUCAAAAGAAAACCAGGUGACUGAUUGUGGAGAAGGAUCGUUUGCACACACUCACAAAUGUUGUGGAGACGGUGAAAAAGAGUGUUGUUUCGCUCUUCAGGUCUGGGUCUACAUUGCUCUCGCCGUCCUCGUCCUCUGUAUCAUCAUCUCGACAGUCAUUGGAAUCAUCUGCUGUUGCUGCAAAAAGUAG